AGCAAACCACUCGUCAUAUGCUUUCUCAUAUUACCUAAGAUGGCAAUGCCCUACUCUUCUGAUAAUGCUGUUCCCAAAGCCCAUAUCGAAGCUGUCCAAUCGGUUCCACCCUUCAAGGUGACCGACCCAAGAGAGAUACGGCUGGUUUCAGUUACAGAGACACCGUCGAUUGGGUCAGGAAUUUUCCGGGGUUGCCUUAACAUCGUCCUUUUUUAUAAUAAGGAUAUGGAGGAUGACUCGGGUUGGAUCGUUGCUGGUUGGAUUAAGGAAUCUUUAGGUCGAGCUUUGAAAGAGCAGCCAAUGCUUAGUGGACGUUUAAGGAGAGGUGAAAAUGGUGAUGGAGAGCUUGAAAUUAUAUCAAAUGACAGUGGAGCUAGGCUUCUUGAAGCAAAAAUUAGUACGACCCUCCAAGAUUUUCUUAAUGUCAGAGAUAAAGAUAUUGCAGAAGCUGAGCUAGUGUUUUGGAAGAACAUCGAUGAACAAAAUCCUCAGUUUUCUCCACUUUUUUAUGUUCAGGUAACAAACUUCCAAUGUGGAGGAUACUCAAUUGGGAUUAGUUGCAGCAUUCUUUUGGCAGAUUUUCUAAUAAUGGAAAACUUUCUUCAAAAAUGGGCAAACAUUCAAAAAGAAAUUCUCUCCAAAAAUGGUGAAAUCAAUAAGGUACCUAUAUUUUACCUCCCUAAUCUUAAACCACCCAAUUUAAACGUUAAUGGCAGCUUUAAGCCUGUUCCAAGUGACUAUUAUGGCCAAAUUCUGACUUUCAAGAUCACGAGUAAUGAAAUUAUGGACAUCAAGAAUGACUCCUGCAAGAAUCUUGCAUUGCUCUGCAUCGAGGAGGCAGAGCAGAAACUUGGUAACCAAAUAAUGUCAUCAGAUUUCAAUUUUCUUGUGAAAGAAUCUCCUCAAGUUAUGAAAUUUGAAAAUGGCAAGAAAUAUUAUGAGCUCGGGAAGUCCCAUUUGAAGAGUAAUCAAGUGAUAGAUUGUUCAAAUUUGAAGGAUUAUUUAGGGACUAAUGAGGUAAGUUUCAGAGAAGGCAAUACACCUGCUAGGGUUUCGUAUUGGAUUGGUGGAGCUAAUGAUGGAUUUGUUGUGGCAAUCCCAUCUUUUAAUGAGGGUGUUUCUGAGCUUAACUUUAUUAUCACAAUUCCUACUUGAAUGAUUAUGGCAAUUUAAGUGAAGUUGGACAUGUACCUAGUAUUAAAUGUCUACUUUUACGUUUGAUUUUUUUUUUUUUUUUUUUUUU